GAGAACAACCAGAGUUCUGUCAAAAUUACGUUGGUCAAGUAAAUCGUGCGAGUAAUAAUUAUAAAAUUACAAAAAUAACAUAAUUCAUUAGUAAAUUUCACAUAGUUCAACAAAACACAAACUGUAGUUAAUACGUGUAACACUAUGAAGCAUUAAAGUGGUUGGUAGUUUAAAUAAAUAACAAAAAGAACAUGGUGCUAAUGAUCUUGUAUGACGACGUGCCUCAAUGAAUUAAAAAAAAUGAAAAAGUGUGUAGUUUUCGUUAAUCAAGUGUAGAGGAAACAAGCGUCAUCAUGUUUCGCAGCAGAAGUUGGUUCGGUGCGUCGUGGGGGCGUCCUAAAAACCCCCAUUCUUUGGAGAGAUUGAAAUAUUUACAUAAUAUUUUGUGUAAAAACACAACAGUGUCUGAGAGUAACCGUGGUACCUUGGUGGAGUCGUUGAGGUGUAUAGCUGAGAUAUUGAUAUGGGGAGAUCAGAAUGACAGUUCCGUUUUCGAUUUCUUUCUGGAGAAGAAUAUGCUGUCAUACUUCUUGAAGAUCAUGCGACAGAAGUGUGGAGGCUCAUCCUAUGUAUGUGUGCAACUGCUGCAAACAUUAAAUAUACUCUUUGAGAACAUAAGGAAUGAAACAUCACUGUAUUAUUUGCUCAGCAACAACCAUGUCAACUCAAUAAUAGUGCACAAAUUCGACUUCUCCGAUGAGGAGGUGAUGGCAUACUACAUUUCUUUCCUCAAGACUCUCAGCUUGAAACUAAACAACCACACCAUACAUUUCUUCUACAAUGAGCACACAAAGGAUUUCCCGCUGUAUACAGAGGCGAUCAAGUUCUUCAACCAUUCCGAGUCGAUGGUGCGCAUCGCCGUGCGUACGCUGACGCUCAACGUGUACCGGGUGCAGGAUGCCAGCAUGCUCCGGUUUAUUAGAGAUAGGACGGCGGCCCCGUACUUCAGUAAUCUGGUUUGGUUUAUCGGCAAACACAUACUGGAACUGGACGCAUGUGUCAGAAACGACGCUGAAAAUUCUUUUUCCAGCCACCAAUCACAGCAGAAACUCGAUGAUCUUGUAGCGGAACAUCUCGACCACCUCCAUUACAUUAAUGACAUACUAUGUCUCAACAUUCCCGACCUCAACGAUGUACUGACGGAGCAUCUCCUGCACAAAUUGCUAGUGCCUCUAUACAUUUACUCACUCACUUCCGAAAGUGUAAGACGGUUACAGACAUCUUCACCGUACAACCGAGACCACAUACAAAGCAUUGAAGCUAUUACAAGAAACCUAGAAGCAAUACUUAAAGGGAAGAACGCGGAGUCUCCAUCACGAAUGACGUUCCCCAGACAAAGGAUGGAAUCAGAAGACGAGAGCAAGCCGUCGGUGUCGUGCGUCGUGUCCCUGUUUCUGUUAUCGCAAGUGUUCCUUAUUAUAACGCAUGGCCCGAUUGUCCACGCGCUGGCCUGGAUCAUACUGCAAUCAGACUUAUCUGUGUUCGAGGACGGCGCGACCAAGAUACUAGAAAUGUACAUUAGCAAUGCAAAGUCCAAUGUCAAAUUAGAGUUCUCUAAACCUCAAUUAAGUUUAGAGAAGGCAUUAGAAAAUACGUCAAUUGAGAGGGACUACACCACCCCGGAGUACGGUGGUCCCAAAGCAUUCGGAUAUGAUACGGAUCAAUCGAGUUGCGAUCUCGAUCCCGAAUUAGUUUCAACUUCUCUUCCGUCCACGUCGCAUAUAAGCGAAUCAUCGAGUAUUGGUCACGACUCCACUGAGGAUUUGGUGACACAAAUACAGUCGACGAAAACUAAUAGCUCAGGGACUCUCAAGGAGAACAUGCCCGACUCGCCUUUGCCAGAUUCUGGUAUCGAAUCGAGUUCGUCGAAAACGAACGAAUACAACAAUAUUACUGAUGAAGAGAAACAGAAACUGCUUGGCGUAGCGCCGAGCACGUCUGCCGAGAGAACUGUGACACUCGACAGCAUCAUAGAGAGGGAAAGUAAAGAGAUCGAGAAGAGGCCGUUCUUAAAGACUAUUCUGGAUUCUCUGGAUUGCAGCGAGAAUGACUACAAAGCGCUGUUUGCUCUAUGCUUGCUGUUCGCAUUGAUCAACAAUAAAGGAGUGAACACAGAACUACUAGACACGCUCCUAUGUCCUGAGGAGGAGAUCACGAAUGCGCAAGAGUCGAGCGGUUCGCAGAGUUCAGCGCCCUCUGGUGACACAAUGUCGCCGCCACCAAAACGUCCCCUGCAGAGUUUCAACGCAUUGCUGAUAUCUAAGCUUAUGGCCAUCGCCAACUUGAGCUGUAAACCUGCAUCCAAGGUCCGUUUGGUGACGCUGGAGCUGAGCGUGACGUUGAUGCGCGUGGCGAUGUGCGGCGCGGGCGGCGGGGGCGGCGCGGGCUGCGCGCGCCACGCGCCCGCCGCCGACAACCUGCGCGCGCGCGCCGCCGCACUCGCGCGCAACUUCUACAAGUGCGACGAUAUAUUCCUCGACAUGUUCGAAGACGAGUAUUGUGAAACGAGCAAACGACCUUUGAACGUGGAGUGGCUAUGUAUGGACGCGGCCAUUUUGCUGCCACCGACUAGAACACCGAUGUCGGGCAUCGCAUUUGCUAAGAGAUUGCCUAGUGGAGAGAUGGAGAGAGCGCGGCGAGCAAUACGUACCUUCUUCUUGAUUCGGGACCUGUAUUUGAAGCUGACUGGGAAACCAGAAACACAGUUGCCUCUAACUAAUCCGGCGCCAUUCGUACAAGUUGGAGACGUUUUGGACCUUAAUGAUUCUGAUCUCAUAUCGUGUGAUAUUAUACAAAAGGAUGGAACAUGGCAACAUAGGUUUCUCGCAGUAGAUAAUAUACAAAUAAUUUUAGUUGAACCUGAUAAACAAAGGCUUGGAUGGGGUGUUGCGAAACUUGUUGGAAGUUUACAGGAUUUAGAAAUACAAGGUGACAAGGAGGACCCCCGUUGCCUCCACCUGACGAUCCACAAGCCUCGAGUGGGCGCGUCCGGCGCACUCCCGCGCACCGUACUACUUAGGGCCAAGUUCAAGUUCGAUGACCAUAUACGCAGUAUGGCUGCUAAACAACGACUUACUAAGGGUCGCACGAAAUCCCGACAAAAGAAAAUGCAGCAGAUUGGUCGAUUACUGGAAGUGUCGGGGAUGUGUGCUCCUUCAAUGGCGCCCCGACACCGACCGCUGUUUGCUAGGCCAGCACUCGCCACUGUACGACGAUCCACAGUGGUGUCGGUAGGGGGGGAGGACGACACGGAGCGGCGCCUGCGCCGGCCCAGCGGACACAUGCUCAAGGACGGCAUCGUCGUCUACAGGGAGCGGACUACUAGCAGGGAGAGCAGUGUAUCGCGCAGCAGUAGUGCGCACGGGUCCCGCGAGGGGUCGCCGCGGUCGCGGUCGGAGGAGAUACCGCUCGAGGAUAUCAAGAGGAACAACGUCGUGUCCAGUCUCGCUGCUACUCCCGUGGUAACUCAGAGCCAACCCAGCACGUCCUCGACACUUCUCAACAAAGUGAACAACUCCUCAGAAGAAACAUCGUUCAUAUCGAGCGAGCCGUCACGACCUAAGCGCAAGGGGUUAGUGGAAACUAUAUGAUAUUAAAUAGCACACACACUAGACAAAUACUACGAUAAAUCGAUGUACUUUUAAUGUUUUAACUAUAUCAUACCCGAAAUUAAUUAUCAAUACUUACUGGAAAGUUAUUGGCUCACUCACAUUACUAGAUCUUAAUUUAUUUACUUUAUCAGAUUUCUUUUAAAUCUUCGACUGCCUAUAGUAAACUUUUCAAAUCCUCCGCUAACUUCAGUUACCGAUGACCCCUAUGCCGUUUAUAGUGACGUAACGUUUGGAAAAAAAUGUAGUUUAUUGUUUAUUCAACUGUAUUAUUUACGGUAUCUAGUUAAUCGAUAAGUCAAAUCCUUGGUAUUGAUGUUAAUUUCGGGUGUUGGUCAGAUAUUACAAACUUCAGUUCAGUCUCGAUGUAACAGCGAUGUUAUGCAAAAAUUGUGAUAAGAUUCGUGUCAGAGUAUGACACCAGGACGGACAAGGCCUUUAAAUUGUAUUAAGAGUUUUGGUAAACGUAGUGAGAGGAAUAGAAAACGGGAAUGGGAUGAAUUUGUGGCUCAAAAUGUGAUGACAAAUAUAAUUUCUGGGUCAAUGAUCUCCUUGAUCCCUCUCCCUAAGAAUAUUUUACAUGUUUUCAAUUACUCAAACACGACUUGCUUUGAAUAAACUUAUAGUACAGUCUGUCCAAAGUGAAGAGUCUUGUUUUCAAGUUGUGUUUGAGUAGUUGGAAGAAAAGACGACUUGUAUUCGUACUGUGUUAACCGGUGAUGUGAUUUAUAAAAUAUUUUUUAUUUACAUACAUUUUACUGCCUGUUAUUUAUGUUUAAAUUAUGACAUUUAUAGAAACGGAUCGAAAGUUAUACAUAGAUGAUAUAUAAAUCGACAUUGUUUAUUGUUUUUUUUUUAUGAUUGUCAGUUGUGGGAACUGUGGUAUGGGUGUGACGUAAAUUAACUACGUUUCAUGGAUAUGUUCUAGUUGACAAUAACUCAGAUAUGUUAGUUUAAGAAUUGUCUUGUGACGGUUCCACGGUGACCGUGUGUGAGCCAUCAAUAUGUAUGUGCUAAGUAAAAGAGAAAGAAACAUCUUUUAUCUUUAUCGCACACUCGACAUGGAGCUUGCGUCAUUGUGGUUACUUUAAAGUGACGUCAUACCUACUCAUAUCAUGCUUUGAGAAUAUCCAAGAUUUCAAAUACUUCAUAGAAGUAUCUUAGUAGUCAGUUUUCCCUGCACACACACGUAAGUAUUAUUUUAGUUACCUAAUAAAACAAUGUAAUUCCUAGAAAUCCUAUACUUUGUUAUUUUAAAUUAGUUAUAUUAACGUAGUUUAGUCCUCAUUGCACUUCCAUUUCAUUGUUUUAAAUCGUUUCAUAAAUAUAAAUUACUCUUUAAAGAAGUUAAAACAAACAUCAAUUUUACAGUAUAUAAAUAAGUAGUAUUUAAAAGAAUAGAUAUGGUGACAAAUUAAAUGAAACAUUGUAAAUCUUAUUAUAGGAGAUUUCAAAGUAGUUAUUUUUCUAAAAAUUAACGGAAUGGAUCUCUUAUUACGUCCAUUUAGAUUAUGGAAUGAAGUAGUUAGGUUGUUUUACACAAUACGCUAUUGGUGGCGCUUGUGUAAAAUAAACUAACUGAGUUUGCGUUGAUUGACUGCAAACCCGAUUUACCUAGAUUAAAAUAGAAAGUAAAUUCUCUGAAAGUCCAAAUAUUUCUAAUAAAUGAAUGCUAUUUACUUGUUUCAUUAUUGUGUACUUUUCAAACUUUGUGAAAUUAAGCACUUUCCUAUUACCAUUGGCAGCGCAAACUCUAAAGUUAGAUAGAAAAGAAAAUGUAAUGUAUUUAUGAAAUAUUUAUGUAUCGUAUUUUGUAUGUCUGACGUAUUUAUUGUAUCAUUCGAUGUUAGGUGUCUCAAAUGUUAAUUCGGCGGUUGUAUUUGUACGUAAAAUAAGUUAUAUAAGCUUGCUUUUUGUGUUGUUUCACGUAAAACAAGAUUUUUUUAAACAUCGGUAUAUUUAUUAUGACUAACUCUGUGUGCUCUAACGGUAAAUAUCUCCAUUAAUGCCCAAUACUGGAAAUUAAUAAUAUUUCGUUAAAAUAUCAUUCCUUACAAUGUGCUAAUAAAUAACAAAUUUUAUGAAAUAACAGGUUAAGUAUGACUACGAUACAGAUCUAACUAGAAUAUUCUAUUGAUAUAGGUAAACCUUAAGAAAUUUAUGUUGUGAUUUUUUUAUUAUUUUAAGAGUUGCAAUAACUAUCGAUGUAAAUAAAUGUAUUUUUGUGUUCUUAAAUGAAAAUAUUGUAGUGUUGAAAGGAAAUAUAUCACAUGUUACAUUUAAA